AUGGAGACACUUCUCGUACAAAUCGAAGGCUGCCUCAACUCUCGCCCGUUGACCAAACUCUCCGACGACCCAUCGGAUUUGCAGGCUCUAACGCCGGGUCAUUUCAUCGUCGGAUCCUCGCUACAGUCUGUUCCAGACAUCGACUACGAGUCUAUUCCGAUGAAUCGGCUUCACCAAUGGCAGCAGAUCCAGAAAAUGCUUCAGGAUGUCUGGAAACGCUGGCACGUAGAAUAUCUGCAAGCACUGCAACCUCGCAGCAAAUGGAUAAAACCACCAAUAGAGCUAAAGAAGAAUCAAGUCGUCGUCAUCGUGGACGAGAAUCAACCACCAAUGCGUUGGCCUAUCGCUCGAAUCCACGAGCUCCACCCAGGUCAAGAUGGCGUUGUCCGCGUCGUCACACUGCAGACUGGCUCCAGUUUGCUUACACGCCCAACUUCAAAGAUCUGUGUUCUACCCAUACCACCACCCAACGACGACCAAACGACCACAUCAGAAGAGCCGCCCGCGCGGUCUAGCUAG